AUGAAAUUGGAGCAAGAAGAGCUGUGGCAUCACUGCAAAGCAUUCAUGCCAACGUUUUGGAUGCUGGGAUGCGCGUAUUAUACCUACGAGGAUAUGGAACCCGGGAGUCGACUAAUAAUGUUCACCCAAACUCUCGUCAUGGAUCUUGAUAACAUACGACAUUUUUAUGAAGGAGCGGUUCCGGAGCACAACGUGGCAACGAUGGCAAAUGUCAUGCGAGAAUCAAUGCUUCGCCAGCUACACGUCGUCGGCCGGAUGCGAGAAUUAAAGGUUACCGAGGUUGAAAUUGCGGCCUUAACGACCCUACUUUUAUGGGAUGCUGACGCCGCCAGAAACCACCCCAACAUCCAAAAAAUCGGUGCUUGCGAGAGGAAGAAGAUUUUCGACGAGCUUGGAAGUUAUUAUAGAUUUGUGCUGAAUGAAUCGGAUUACGCGGCUCGACUGGGUGGUCUAAUGUGUUUGUAUAGCUCUUUUCAG